AGACUGGAGGCUUCGAGCUUGAGCUGUGUUUGUUCCAAAAGAAAGCCAAGAAGGACGGUGUUAAUAAAGAGAGAUUUAACUGAGGGCUGUGCUUGGAAUAAAGUGGACUACAAAAAGGUCAAAUUUGAUCAGUUGGAGCAGAUUACAAGGGCUUUAAAAGGUAGUGGUGAAGAAAUGAAACUGGGACUGUGAAGCAAUAUAGCACAAGAUUGAUUUUGGGGGUGGAGAGAAGCUGGGACAAGUGCUUAUCAGCUUGAGAAGGAGGAAGAGCUGUGCUGGGUUUGUUGUCAUUCCCACACUGAGUAGAGUACUUGCUGCUUUUGUGGUUAGCCUUCCCUGCCGUGGUUUUUCUUCUUUUUGUUUUUUUUUUUUGUUUUUUUUUUUUUGUUGUUUUUAAUAUACGUAUUUUAUUAUUGUUAUUACUACAAUGGUGUCUAUAAUCUCUGACUUGGAUCCUCUGAAGAGCUGGAAAGUUUUAAGAGAGACUGCCACAGAGUUAUCUGGAACGUUACCAAGUAACGGCACAGCUAACAAGAUGAAUGGAGCUUUGGAUCAUUCAGACCAACCAGACCCAGAUGCCAUUAAGAUGUUUGUUGGACAGAUUCCCCGUUCGUGGUCAGAAAAAGAGUUAAAAGAACUUUUUGAGCCUUAUGGAGCUGUCUACCAGAUUAAUGUUCUCCGAGACAGAAGUCAGAACCCUCCCCAAAGUAAAGGUUGUUGUUUCGUAACAUUUUAUACAAGAAAAGCUGCUCUUGAGGCACAGAAUGCACUGCACAAUAUUAAAACUUUACCUGGGAUGCAUCAUCCUAUUCAGAUGAAACCCGCAGAUAGUGAAAAGUCAAAUGCUGUGGAAGACAGAAAAUUGUUCAUAGGAAUGGUUUCGAAGAAGUGUAAUGAGAAUGAUAUCAGGGUGAUGUUUUCUCCGUUCGGCCAGAUAGAAGAAUGCCGAAUCCUUCGGGGACCAGAUGGGCUGAGCCGAGGCUGUGCGUUUGUCACAUUUUCUACAAGGGCAAUGGCACAGAAUGCAAUCAAAGCCAUGCACCAGUCUCAGACCAUGGAGGGCUGCUCUUCGCCAAUCGUGGUGAAGUUUGCUGACACCCAAAAGGACAAGGAGCAGCGGCGUUUGCAGCAGCAGUUGGCUCAGCAGAUGCAACAGCUCAAUACUGCCACUUGGGGAAACCUCACAGGUCUUGGAGGACUCACACCACAAUAUCUAGCUCUUCUGCAGCAAGCAACUUCCUCCAGUAACUUGGGUGCCUUCAGCGGCAUUCAGCAAAUGGCCGGCAUGAACGCUUUACAGUUACAGAACUUGGCAACUUUAGCAGCCGCAGCAGCUGCUGCCCAGACCUCAGCUACCACCACCAAUGCAAACCCUCUCUCCACAACGACUGGUGCUCUGGGAGCCCUCACAAGUCCCGUGGCUGCAUCAACUGCUAAUUCCACAGCUGGUGCGGCCAUGAAUUCUUUGACUUCUCUGGGUACUCUCCAAGGACUGGCUGGAGCCACUGUUGGACUGAAUAAUAUUAAUGCACUAGCAGUUGCUCAAAUGCUCUCAGGUAUGGCGGCCCUGAACGGAGGACUCGGCGCAACAGGCCUGACGAACGGCACGGCCGGCACGAUGGACGCGCUCACCCAGGCCUACUCAGGAAUCCAGCAGUACGCGGCCGCCGCACUGCCCACCCUCUACAGCCAGAGCUUGCUGCAGCAGCAGAGCGCCGCGGGCAGCCAGAAGGAAGGUCCAGAAGGGGCAAACCUCUUUAUUUACCACCUCCCCCAGGAGUUUGGAGACCAGGACAUUCUGCAGAUGUUCAUGCCUUUUGGAAAUGUUAUCUCUGCUAAAGUCUUCAUUGACAAACAGACCAAUUUGAGCAAGUGCUUUGGUUUUGUUAGCUAUGACAAUCCAGUCUCUGCACAAGCUGCUAUCCAGGCUAUGAACGGCUUUCAGAUUGGCAUGAAACGCUUGAAGGUUCAGCUGAAACGCUCCAAAAAUGACAGCAAACCUUACUGAUCUUAACCCCAGAUGCUUACUGCUCUUAUUUUAGCUUUCUUAGGGUAAGUCCCAUGAGCAAACCUGUCCUCUGCAGGGGGGUUAAGAAAGAACAUAGAGCCAACCUUCACCAAGAGACAGUUAUUUUUACAGUUACCACUUCCAUCUCCCCACUUGUCCUUAUUACACUUGGCUCCCAUUUCCUUGCCAAGUAAUUACUGAGUUGUGUUACUGUAUUUUGUUUUGCAGCAUAAUUUAUCUCCUUUUUGAAACAAAAACAAACGUCUUGAAAUUCCAAACAGCACACACACAUACAAAAAAAUGUGCAAUUUAACUCUGUGAACCCUGGUGCCAUUAGCACACAAUAAAAGUUGUUUUCUAUGGAUGGAUCGUAUUUUACCAGGGUGGCACCAGCAGUUUAUAGGUUAAACAAAAUGGCCUCAUGCCAGUUGAAGCACUUAUUUUGCAACAAAAAUUGAAACAAGUCUUUCCACUACAUCAACUUGUUUUUUGAGAAGAUCUGAUUUUUUUUCGGUUCAAAUCAACGUAUUGUUAUAUAUUAGUCUGAUUUUACACUGGUCGUCUUUAUAUUUCAUUUUUUUUUUAAGUUCUUGUUUUUUUGGAAAGGAUUAAUGUAAAAAAGAUUUAGAGAUCUGUUUCUAAAGCUACAGGGUUUAAAAUAAAAAAAAAUAAAAUAAAAUGAGUGACAAUACUUGAUGUUUCUUGAGAGAUAAAUUUAAUAAUAAUAAAAAAAAAGAAAGCCACAGGCCUGUAAAUUUUAUUUGUAAAAAGCAUUUCUAUUUUUAUACAAAAUUUUUACUGCCUCAGAAAUAAUGGAAUUUAUUUAUUGCCUAUUGUUAACUUAUUGGAUACCUAAAGAGCAGCUCUCUAUGCUAGCUAGAUCCUUUGAAGUAGUCUCUAUAGAGUAAUUGUGCCAAGAAUGGGCGCUUUUUCACUGUUGAACCCUCCACCCUUUACAGUUCAUGCUUUUAUCCUCUUGUUUGUAUUUGUCUGGUUAUUUUGUUCGUAGUUUCCAUUACCUAGUUUAAAGUUCAGUUGUCUGACCCUGUUUUCCCCCCUCUCCCUGUACCUUUCUGUUACAUUUGUAGAAACUGGUUCUUUCCUCUCUUUUCUUCCCAAAGAGGAAUCCAUUCUCUCUGACUCCUUUCAGAUGGAUUCUUUUGGGUUUCCAUUGUGUUCUUGUUGACAAGUAUUGUAAGUUAAUGCAAAUUAUGUGAACGGCUCAUAGGCUCUACUGAUAAAAGAUUUGCAUUAGUUUUCUCCUGCACCCAUAAAAGUGAUUUUGUUUGUGCUGCAUAGAUUCUGUGUAACUUUUUUUCCUCUUCCUUGUUUUUUCCCUAGACAUCUCCAUGCCCGUUAGCCCAUCGUUUGCCUAGCAUGUCCCUGUGGCGUCUCAAAAAAAAAAAGUUUCAUCGUCCCGUCAUUGUUUCUGAUGUCUUUCUGACCUCACAUCAUAUUUGGUUCUCCUACUGACCUAGUUUGACCUUUGAAAUUUGCAUGUGACCUCAUCUAGCUAUGAAUUCUGGGAAGUCAAUGUGAAAAAACAUUGCUGCAUUCAUGCAAGACUGAAAUUUAUUAUUAGAUAAAUUAAUGAUAGGAUUUAAAAACAACCUGUGGCAAAAUGUUUUUUCUUUCUUUCCUUUUUUGUUUUUUUAGUUUUGGUUUUUGGUUUUCUUCUUUCCUUGGAGUUUUUGUUUUGUUUGGGUUUUUUUUGUUUUGGGUUUUUUUUUCUUGGUUGGUUUUUUUUCAUUUCGUAAAAAAAAAAUAAAAAAAAAAAACAGACUUGAAAGUAUUAUACAGGGAUUGGCAUUCUGCCUGGUCACUGGUGACAAUAGCAAUAUGUGUCCAGAGGCACAGAAUGUUGGUUUCUAACAGACUACUUCCAAAACAGUUUGAGAAAUAAAACUGUCUGAUUUUAAGUCUCUAGAGGUCUGUAAUAGUUUUUACAUUUUUCAGGCAGUGUAAAGUUUUUUGAUAAGGCCAUUUUAGGUGGCUCACUUUCUCAUUAAAGUAUAUAUAUAGAACCACUUUUUGUAGAUUAGUAUAAGAAAAUAUUUACCCUGUUUUAGGGCAAAUGCUACCUACUUGUGUCACCUUUUGCUGAACUGACUCACAGUUAGACAAUCCAUGGUUUAAUGCACAUGAAAUUACCUAUAUUUUAUACUGUUUCAAUGUACAGAAGAAAGGUUACUGUAAAAUGUGUUACGUUGGUGCUUCUGUGAAUUAAGUUGUGGUUUCAUCAUGAGUCUUAUGGUCUUAAGUGUUCUAUGUUUAUAAAAAGACAAGUUUAAAAUUGGUUUACUUGAACAACAAGAACAAACAGAAGAUUCAAAAAAAAAAACACAAAAAAAAGUUGUUUGCUUAAAAAAAAAAAAUUUCAUGUGAAAAUGAAAAAAUAUUCCAGAAUAAGUUUGUGUUGGCUUGUGACGCAUUGAUGUCAUUUUUUUAUUGUGAACAAUUUAGGUGUGUUUGUGUUCAGCAAAAUGUGAUCGGUUUUUCUUUUAAAGAAAAAAAAAUCAGUGAAACUAUAGUGCCAAAUUCCAAAGGUACUUUCUUCCUAGAGCUUCAGUGUGUUUCUUGUGUGAAGUAAUUUGAUAACAUGGGUAUUUUAUUAUGUGUUUUGUAUAAAUCCCUAAUAUUUAAAGAAAAAAAGAGGUUAAAAAGUUUGUUAACUUGCUAUCCUGUGGUCUUGUUGCCUGAAAUUGUUAUUGUUUGUUAUUUCUCUUUGAUGUUUUUUGUAAAACAUUGUAUAAGUGCCCAUGUUUCACUUUUUUAACCACUCUGCACACAUCAAUGCUGUGAAAGCAAACCUCACUAUGUAUUUUCUUCAUAUUGUAUGGAAACCUCUAAGGUGAGAAAGUUUUGAACUUUUAACCCUUUCCACCCAGAGCUGUCUUGAGUGUUAAUACCUUUUAUACAUUCACCAUUUUGCUGUUUAUUUUUAUAUAUAUAUCUAUAUCUAUAAAUAUAUAUAUACUUAGUUUUUUGUGGUUUAUUUAAUACAUGGUUGAAAUCAGAACAAUGCACAGGGCAGAUCUGAAGGACAAAAAUAUUUUACUGCUGUCUAAAUUUCUUCUGUAUCUAUAACUAAAAUUAUUUAAAACCGUAAUUAACUUGUGGUUUUCCUUUUUAGAUUUUGGGGAUUUUGUCUUUUCUUAAAGAGCUUUUAAUAUGCUGCUGGAAUAUGCUAUUCAGUAUUAAUAAAAGAAAAAGAAAACAAUUCUUUAAUUAUCUAUUGUGUGAGCCACUCCCAGCCAGGAGCGGUCAAUCCACCAUUUGAAAAUCUUGAGGAGAAAAAAAAUAAAAAAGAUUAAUAAUAUUUUUGUAAUUUAAAUAAAUGAACUUUUGCUUAAAUCAGAUGCACUAGAUCUUCCUGGGUGAAAAUUCAGUGUGCACUGCAGUUAAACUACUUUUUAUGGAUAAAGUUUACAUACACUGUAAUGUUUGGUGUUAUUUGCCAUUAUUUGUCACGGCAAUAUAUUGGCUUACUCCUGCAGACACUCGUACAGAGAGGAGUAACUUUACUCGUACCAGUGGUCCAUGGGAAUAUCUGUGUGACUGAUGUGGGUGUUUGCUGGAGGAAGCUCUUUGUAAGGAACCAGAAAAGAAAUGCUGGUAGCCCUUUUCACUGCCUUGUAAGUCUGAUUAGGUUGCGUUUCUACCACACAAACAGUGACCAACAACCCAAUUCGGUUCUUUGCCACCGGUUUAGAGAAUUCAUUGCCAAUCCAAUGUGUGUGAGCAGCAGUAACUGCUACAGGUCAUAAAGUGCCAUACCUUCUUCCACUUCCUAGUUCUAUCUGGUUAUAUCUGAAGCCACCUAAAAUUAAAAAUUAAGCCCUAUAUAAGCAACAUCAGCUGGUGCACUCUUGUCUCUCAUCCCCAACUUAAAUGCUUCUUUAUGUAGAGCCCUGGGAUGGAAAGGACUAGCCUCUAGUGAUGCAAAAAAAGUUUCCUUCUUAUAGCACAUGCACUUAUAAAUAAAUGAUCUAUACUUUUCUCAUGUUUUUACUACUGCUGGGGCCUUCCUACACCCUUUGAGGGCUAUUUUGUACUACUUGCAGCAAUUGUGCGUAUUCAAAGUAUCAUCUCACGUACGUUAUAUUAUAUAUAUGUACAUAUAUAUAUAUAAUAUGAGAUCAUCAUUUGGAUUGUUUAGAGACUGUUUCACUAAUUUUUCUCAUUGUACCCACCGUCUAAAUUUCCAAAGCUUUUGUAGAUGCCCUGGUGUGUCCUGUGGGUUUUCCAGUCCAGUUAGAGCGGUGAUGCCUCUGGUCCUUGGGCAGUGUAACUCGGCACCAGGCUGCCCUGAAUUACUCCACGGGACAUUGGCUUAGCAGUGGGAGAGGAGCAAUGUUUCUGUACUUCCAGUCAACUGAGAUGAGUCAUUGCUUAGAAAAAGUGUCCAUCUCUGGGAAAAUAAAUAAAUAAAUAAAUAAAUAAAUAAAAUUCAAAUACAAAACCAAAAACCCAAACAUAUGCCUUCUGGGAGGCAAAUUAUCUACCAGUUCUCUUUCAAAAUAAUGAAAGGAAAAAGCUGCAAGGGUGCAAGGGCCUAAUAAGAGAGGAAGUAAAACAAGGGAAAUUGCUUUACAAAAUUCUAAUCAAAAGACUAGACUAGUUGUUUUUUCAAACAAAUUAGCUAAUUGCAAUGAAAUGGCAGUCCUCAAAGGAGUAACAAGUUCAUCUUUCUUUCACCAUAGGGGUUACAGUUCCUUGGCUUGUGCUACUCUGAAAUCAUUUUACUGUUUCUGUUUUUAUUAUCUUAAGUGCUAAUUAACAAAAGGAAAAAAAUAUCCUGUAGUUUCAUUACCUUUUUGGAUAAUGUCAUACAAAAAAAAAAAAAAAACAAACCUAUGUAUUUGUGUUUUUUUCGUGCUGUGGGAAUUGUUGUUUGUAGAUUAAUAAUACUAUCAUUUUGUUUAGAAUUACAAACUAGUUUUUAACUAUUGUCUGAGAAAAGCCAAAGUUAAUGCAAUCUAGUGGAAACUGUAAGACCAUUUGAGUAUUGUUUCUGUUUUAUUGAUGCAUUUGGAUUUUGUUGUUUGAUGGAAUUUGAGCCAAAAAAAAAAAAGAACAAAAAAAAGCAAAAAAAAAAAGCAGGCUUUCCUAUUUCUACAACUUGAUUGUACUUAUGCAUUUUGUACCAGUGGAACUUUUUAUACUGGAGAUUAAAAAACAAAUGGAAAUUUUUGUGGCUUACUCUCGUGGGCCCCCUCGAUCAUGACUGAUUUUCAAGUUUGAUUUCUGGAUGGUAGAAAGAGAGUUGGUUUUGUUUCGAGAAUUCAAAACUUUGGCUUGAUUUCUUUUUUUCCCUUUGCUUAUAUCUAGUGUUUAGAAUUUUGUCUUAACAAAAGCGGUAAGUUUCACUUUUUAUUCUGUAUCGUGCAGUUACACAAUAAGGUAAUUAGAAUUAGGAGUACUCGGUCACUUUGCGUGGAUAAAUGUAUUAGUUAAAACGUUAGGGGUUUGCUUUUUUGCUGUUUAGAUCAGAGUUUUUUCUGAUUCUUCUGUCCUCAUUGUGAACAUAACCGUGUAGUUUAAACAGUCAGACUUAUUUUUGUAACGUAUGUUAUUGUGUGAUGCAGUUUUUUGCUUCUGUCUCCAAUAUUAAACCAUUUUCCUAAUACUUGUCUCUCUACUUUGUGUGUUGUAUUGUUGGUGGUCAUUCUGUGUUGGUAAUACAUCUGCACACCUCACUGUUUCACGUGCCUGUUUUUUUUUUUCUCUAUUUGUUGGUUGUGUACAAAAGAUACAGUCGAUUCCACCUAAGUGAAUAGCUGAUUGGGGGGCAAAAGAGGAUUUGUACAUUUUAGACAUGUUCUGGUUUCUUUGAUUUUUUUUUUUUUCCUCUCUUCCUCCCCCUAGUCAUGCCUUAUCACUUGGAUAAUCUCUUGGAGCAGGAAGCAUUUUAAAUGAGUUUCCUGCAAAGUCCUAUUAAAGGUAGUUUUUGUUAGCCUUCAAACUGCAAAACCUUCUGCACACAAACACACAGAAGCCACCGGAAAAGAUUUUUUUUUUUGCUGUGACAUUUCAGUCAGUCUGGAAAGUGUGGAUUAUGGAGAUCAUUUCUUCCUAGUUGUUAAAAAAAAAAAUAAUACUCUGCCACUACUUCACAGAAGCAUAUGAAACAUUCAAGAAGAGGAGGAUAUAGCCUUGGGAUUUCUUCCAAACUGCACAGUAAUCUGAUGGCAUAUGGCGUUACUCAAACUCUCCCUAGAAACUAAUCACGUCUUAACUAGGGCUGGGAGAGCCUGCAAAAUCCUACCAGGUGAUCAAGCUUGUUAUGUGCAGUUAUACAUAUAAUUCUUUUAAAAAUAUAACAAAAUCCAAGUGAGCACAGGAAAACUUUCUACUAAAGCCAGUGGAAGUAAAAAAAAAAAAAAAAAGAUAAAAAUAAAAAGAAGGAGAAAUAAAUGAUGGAAAAAGAUCCCCCGUUGUUCCAAUGGGUGAUAUUUUUGCUGUGGGCUUACAAAGCAGAUCAUUCUCAGCAUUGGCUGAUAGUAUUACACAAAUCUCAAAAGGGACUACAGAAAUACCAUAGCACUUUUUUUCUCAUUAUUUUUUACAGUUGGCUCUUCACUUUUUUAUUCUUUCAUUUCCUAUAAUUUUUUCCUCCUCACAAGAAUCUCUCUGCUCUCCCCCAACCGGUGUCUACCACGAUGAAAUAAAAGCUGCAAAAGAAAAAUCUAUGUUGUUCUGGUUUACAGAAAGUCUCUUCUCUCCUCUGAUUGCAGAUACUAAGCCUACAAUUUGGAGAGGGGGAAAAAAAAAAACAAAACCAAGCAAACCAAACCUAAGGAGGAGAGAGAAGCACUGGCGAGUGCUCUCUGGAAUUCAAGCCAUACGCCCCCAUCCCUUUCCUUUGUCCCACUUUCUGUAAUGCUCAGGAAUCAAAGACCACUUAAAAGUGCUCUUAUGAGACCCAAACGACACUCCUCCCUCUUGUCUCCUCUCCCCUGGUCUUUCUGGCGCUCUGGCUUUGGCUCACACACACACACACACACAGCCCCAUCAAUACCGUCCGACAAGGUCCUGGCGCACUGGGUGUAUCCGUGUGGUGUCAGCAGCAAUGUUGGUUCCUGCGUUUGGAAGAGUUUUGAAAUUUUCUGGUGGCUUGUGAGUUGGCCUGGUUGUUACUGCUCGAUCUAUUUUUCUAAAUUUUUUUUUUUUUCUUUUUUUCACUUUUCCGUUUCCAUGAGAAGCAAACAAGUGAUGAGUCUGGAGCCCCCAGCAAGCUCCAGUGCCGUCCCACAGGGUCUGUUGUCAGGGGUCCAAACAGCUCUAGGUUUAAUCUAAAACCACGGGAGCCUGUAGCAGAAAGCCGAGGCAGGAAAGCAGAACCCGAUGGUCAGACUAUAUCCUGGGUCUUUGACACCUCUAGAUUUUAUCAUCUCGAUUUGGAUAAUUUUGACACCAGUGGAUUCAAUUAAGUAAGUCUUGACUUGCAUGAUGGAUGAAUCAGAAUUGCUCUUUGGGUUUUUUUAGCUUGCUGUGGAUAUUUUCUUUUUUACUUCUCUCUUUUUUUUCCUCCAAACUUGGUCUUAGGAAAGAAACUAGAGCUUUGUGAAGGGUCUUUUCUUCCAAAAAUACAGCUGAAAAAAAAAGACUUAUACUGCAGUUAGGUUUCUUUUAAAUACUCAGGGCUGAAAGAUACAGGGUUUUCUUUCUUUCUUUUUUUUUUUUAAUUUCAACAGUGGGGGAAAAAUGAGUUCCUUAAAGCAAUGCAGCUGAACAGUUUGUCCUGCUUAAACACAUGCUUUUAAUUUCAAUUAUGUAAGGCACCUUGCAGUGUUAGCAAAAUGUCUCUUUGUUAGCUAUAUGUGUAUCGCCAUGGGAAAUUACCAAACUGUCACAAGACUUGCUGAUUAAAGAAUAGCCUGCCAGAGUGUGUGUGCCUUUGCCCAGUGUGACUCUUAGGUAUUAGGCUAAGGAAAACAUUUUAACAAAAUGUAGUGUGAAUCAUUCCUGAUAAGUGAAUAAAGCAUUGUGACCAAGCAAUCAGAUUAUUCACUUAUCAGGAAUCGACUGUACUGAUAGUUUGCCUGAUCGUUUUUGUUCCUCAUCUCUGUUGUAGUUUCACUACUUUGCUGUGUUCUGUUUUUUCUCUCAUGCUCUUAGCAAAAUCACUGGGAAUAUCCCUUCGUGUGAUCAUGAAACGUGCUACUGAGUAACAAAUAAAAAAAAUUAAAUAUAAAAAUGAUAUCUUAACAAAAUCUAUGCACUUGCUAUCAGGAACACAAUACUGGAUGUGUCUUAUAUAUAUUGAACUAUAAUAGUAUUCGAUUUCUUAAAUAAAGCUUAAGAAAGGA